AUGUCGAUGAUGCUGUCCGAUAACCUGGCUCCUCAGCCCGCCACUGACAUUUUCACCGAAGACACAUGCAUCGACCGUCGCAAGUGCCACCGGACGGUGCCCAUGAAGGUGCUGGCUCUGGGUGUUGGCCGCACGGGAACUGCCUCUCUCCGCAAGGCUCUGGAGCGCCUCGGAUACACCAAGUGCUACCACAUGAUGUGCGCCUCGGUUGAGAACCCGCCCGACUGCCUGAUGUGGCACGAUGCCCUCAAUGCCAAGUACGACGGCGUGGGCGAGUUCGGCCGGAAGGAGUGGGACCAGCUGCUGGGUGACUGCCAGGCCGUGUGCGACUGGCCCGCCUGCGCCUUUGCAAAGGAGCUGAUCGAGGCCUACCCCAACGCCAAGGUCAUCCUGACCACCCGCGACGUCGACCCGUGGCACGCCUCCGUCAUGAAGACCGUCCACUGGCGCGUGUCCGACCCGGAGCACAAAUUCGUUUCCAACUUCUCCUGGGCCGCCGGCAUGUACUACCCCAUGCUGAACAAGUUCUUCGACACCUUCUUCCGCGGUGACUUCCCCGGCAAGGGCAAGGAGGUCUACAACGACCACGUCGCUGAGGUCCGCAGCCUCGUGCCCCCCGAGCGCCUGCUGGAGUACAACAUCAACGACGGCUGGGCUCCGCUCUGCGAUUUCUUGGAGGAGGAGGUCCCGGACCACCCCUUCCCCCGUGGCAACGACAUGGCCGAUUUCUACAAGCGCUGCUCCACCCGCAACCGCCGCCAGAUGAUGAACGCCGCCCUCCAGGCCUUCACCAUGGGUGGUGCCCUGCUGGCCACCGGCCUGGCUGCCACCAUGGCCUUCAAGCGCUUCUCCCGCUAA